ACUGGGAAAACAUUUGUAGCGUUUUUCUCGACCCUGCGUGAUUCCAAAUGGAUAGCCCUUUAGGGGUUUACCGUAUUGUAGUACUAAGGAAUUACAACAACAGCAGAAGUCUGUCUUACAUAAUGAUAGAGCCGGACGGCUCUGCUGCUUUGAAGUGCUGCUGAGGCAGUCAUUAAUUUAAUCGCCUUGGAGCUACUGCGCAUGUAGCAGGUGCACGCAGCCUCCAUCUUGGGCAUUUUGAUGUAGAUGGAAAGGGUAGGGAUAAAUGUAUAAUAUUUAAAAUAGUUUGAGCUACAGAUAGAGGACAGAAUGAAGAAAUGAAAACAGUCCGAAAAAAAUAUGAUUAAGAGGUUUGUGUAAAUUGUAGACAGUCUUAACUGAAGAAAACAGUGUGCAUUUUUUAAGUGAUGGCUUUCUACUGUUUGCACAAUCAGCUGUGUUGUAGCUUUUACUUUUAAUUUUACUAGGUACCAAAAACGGUUACUGGGGAAAAAAUAAAAACUUGGAUGCCUUUUUCGGUGAGCUUGGUGCUUUCCAGAAUGAAAGUGAUAAAGCUGACCUUUCUGAUCCUUGUCUUCGCCAUUUGGAUGGAAGAAGGUUUUACAAAGGAAAAGUCAUCCAAGAAAGGAAAAGGAAAAAGGAAACAACAUCUCUGCCCCUCACAGUUAUCAUCAGAGGAUCUUGCCCGGGUACCUGCAAACUCCACAAGUAACAUCUUGAACAGAUUGCUGGUCAGUUAUGAUCCCAGAAUUCGACCAAAUUUCAAAGGUAUUCCAGUAGAUGACAAAGUUAACAUUUUCAUCAACAGCUUUGGUUCAAUUCAAGAAACAACUAUGGAUUAUAGGGUAAACAUCUUCUUAAGACAGCGGUGGAAUGACCCAAGACUGAGACUGCCAACUGAUUUCAAAUCGGAUGCCCUAACCGUCGACCCUAAAAUGUUCAAAUGCCUUUGGAAGCCAGACUUGUUUUUUGCAAAUGAAAAGAAUGCAAAUUUCCAUGAUGUCACACAAGAAAACAUCCUGCUGUUCAUUUAUCGCAAUGGUGAUGUUCUUCUGAGUAUGAGGCUGUCUGUCACACUGUCCUGCCCAUUGGAUUUGACCCUAUUUCCCAUGGACACACAACGAUGCAAGAUGCAACUAGAAAGCUUUGGUUACACAACAGAUGACUUGAGGUUCAUAUGGCAGUCUGGAGACCCAGUCCAAAUGGAACAGAUAGCUCUGCCCCAGUUUGAUAUUAAACAAGAAGAUAUUGAAUAUGGAAACUGCACAAAGUAUUACAAAGGAACUGGCUAUUAUACUUGUGUUGAGGUAAUCUUCACAUUAAGGCGGCAAGUUGGAUUUUACAUGAUGGGCGUCUAUGGUCCUACCCUUCUGAUUGUGGUUCUUUCAUGGCUGUCAUUCUGGAUUAACCCUGAUGCAAGUGCUGCCAGAGUCCCACUGGGAAUCUUCUCUGUACUGAGCUUGUCAUCCGAAUGUACAUCUCUUGCUUCUGAGCUCCCCAAAGUAUCAUAUGUAAAAGCAAUUGACAUCUGGCUGAUCGCCUGUCUUCUGUUUGGAUUUGCAUCCCUUGUUGAAUAUGCUGUAGUACAGGUAAUGCUGAAUAGCCCCAAGAGGAUUGAGGCUGAAAAGGCUAAAAUGGCAAGCAAAGAACAAGCUGAAGGCAAAGCCCCAGCUAAGAAAAAUACAGUUAAUGGUACAGGAGGAACUCCUAUUCAUGUGAGCACACUUCAGGUGGCAGAAACAAGGUGCAAAAAAGUUUGCACCUCCAAGUCUGACCUGAGGUCCAAUGAUUUCAGCAUUGUUGGAUCACUCCCAAGAGAUUUUGAACUGUCAAACUAUGACUGUUACGGAAAGCCCAUUGAAGUCAGCAGUGCUCUGGGGAAGUCACAGGCCAAAAAUAAUAAGAAGCCACCUCCACCAAAACCUGUCAUCCCCUCUGAAGCUAAAAGAAUUGACCUUUAUGCCAGAGCAUUGUUUCCCUUUUCAUUCCUAUUCUUUAAUGUCAUAUAUUGGUCCAUAUACUUGUGAUAAUUUUACCAUCAGUGUUCUCCGUGUAAGAUACUUCAGCCUGUUUUACUGUAGCUCUGCCCUAGAAUCUGUCUGUCAGAUUUUUCUUUGCAAGCCGUAUAUUGCAAUGUAGAUGCUGUGUAACUGAUGGGAUGUCAAUAACAACUACAACAAAACUCUCCUGCUUUCAAAUUUUGAAUAACAGCAUUACUUUGCAGUAUUGGUGUUCCUGUCAACAUUUAUUGUAAAUAGUUGUACAGCCAAAUCCUCUGCACUGGGAGAGCUAUGUGCAAAAUUGCACACCAGUUUGUGGGAGUACCAUUUGUUUUUCUGUAAUUAAGAAAUUAAAGAUUCUAAUGUCCUGCACGUUUUAAAAUAUAAAUAUAUACAUAUAUACAUAAGGAAAGUAUCUAAAGGUUUAUGAAAUAUUCUUAGUUAUUUUAAGAAAUUAUUUAUUGCCUUGUCUUGUUUUGAUGACUUUGCUUCCCCUCAGAUGGAUAUUGUGAAAUAUCAUAGAAGAAGAGUAAGCUAUAUUUCAUUUAUAAUUUGUAAAGUGAAGGAAAACCAACUGCUCCUGUAUGUGUAGCAUUUACAAAAUUAAUAAAAGGUUGAAGAAUUUAAAGUGCA